AUGGCAGAGAACCCGACAGCCUACUACAAUCGCCAAAAUCUCCGAAGUGCCGUACACCGAGCAGCCCCGAGCCCACAUCCCCAGUCAAGAAAUUACAUGGAAGCUCCUCCACAACGAUCGAAGCGCUUCGUCAACCCACCACACGCCGAUUUGGGGGCGACACAGGACGAGUGUGAAGCGAGGCGAGGACGUCGGGUUCUGGACGUCGUAAGAUCUCGCGAACGGGCCGUCGAAAAAGCGAGAGCGAUCGUGGCUUCUCUGCAGUUGUCCGCUCUCUCUAUCUACCAGGGAGAGCCGUCUUCGAUCGCGUCGGGCUUCGCCAAGACGCCCUCGACGGCAUCCAAAAAGCCAAGCCAAGCCAGACGUCGGUCGUCCGCCAGUUAA